UGUCAAAAAAAUACCAAUUUGUUUUUUUUGUGCACUUUAAUUUCUGUUUGCUUGUUUUUGUUACAAAAUUAACCCUCAAAAUGAAAGAAAAGCCGUCUAAAUCUACAAAAACUAAAAGCCCAUGUCCCGUUUGUCACAAAAUGGUUCUCGGUGGAUCAUACAACAUGAAAUCUCACCUUUACCUUCACAAAGUGGUUGCACCUCGUUUUCAGUGUGGUGUGUGUUUGAAAGAGUUUUAUAGGAAAGACGUGUAUAAAAGGCACUUAAGUGUGCACAGGGGCGACCAGAAGACUCACAUUUGCGACUACUGUGGCCGUGAUUUUGUUGACAAACGAAAUUUAGUGAAGCAUUUCCGUAUACACGAUGUCUGUAUGGAUAACGAUAAAAAUUACACUUGCCAAGCGUGUGACGCCUCCUACUGCGAAGAGAGACUGCUCAAAUACCAUAUCAGAAAGGAACACUUCAAUCUACAGCAAAAAAACUUAGAUAUCGAUAAGAAAUCUCUGAACGAGACCUGGGUUGAGCGAGUUUUGGAGACAGAAGUAUGUGUGGAGAUGACUAAGGUUAACAACAACGUCAUAGCUAUAAGAAAGGUUGGAUCAGUUAAAUCUGAAAGUCAGGAAGACGGUAAGAAUGUUAACAAUCCCUUUCAGCAGUACAUGCGCUCGAUUUUUGCGAGUAAAGACAAGUCUCAGUAUUCUAAAGCCGUCUGCGAUUACUGCAACAAAGAAAUGCUGAAGAAGAGUCUACAGUCACACAUAAGGGAAAGACACCUUAAACUACGUAGAUUUAAGUGUGAAACUUGCUUGCGCACUUAUAAUCGUCAUUAUCAACUGGUUAACCAUGUUUGUGGUAAAUUUAGGAAUCAGCGGGAAAAGAUAAACCAUUGACGUCCCCUUAAGGCCCAGAACAGACGGUGAAACGCAACUGCAACGAAACUGCAACUGCUAGUUACUUUUGAGUUGCAUCUAAGU